AUGAAAGGAGAACUUCCGGUUCUGCUGUCUAGGGAGCCGGCGGCUUUGGUCGGCCCUUUAGGGCUUUUCACAGAAGCUCCGCCUUCGCGUGGGUCUUUCUGGAAAACCCGCUUUGAUCUGGAAGGAGCGGGACAGUGUCCCUGCGCGUGUCUCCCAUGGCGGAUACGACCCCGAACGGCCCCCAAGGGGCGGGAGCUGUGCAAUUCUUGAUGACCAAUAAAUUGGACACGGCAAUGUGGCUUUCUCGCCUGUUUACCGUUUACUGCUCUGCUCUGUUUGUCCUACCUCUUCUUGGGUUGCAUGAAGCGGCAAGCUUUUACCAACGUGCUUUGCUGGCAAAUGCUCUUACCAGUGCUCUGAGGCUGCAUCAAAGAUUGCCACACUUCCAAUUAAGCAGAGCAUUCCUGGCCCAGGCCUUGUUAGAGGACAGCUGCCACUACCUGUUGUAUUCACUCAUUUUUGUCAAUUCCUACCCGGUUACAAUGAGUAUUUUCCCAGUCUUGUUAUUUUCUUUGCUUCAUGCUGCCACAUACACUAAAAAGAUCCUUGAUGCAAAGGGUUCGAAUAGUUUACCACUCUUGAGAUCUGUCUUGGAUAAAUUAAGUGCUAAUCAACAAAAUAUUCUGAAGUUCAUUGCUUGUAAUGAAAUAUUCUUGAUGCCUGCUACAGUUUUUAUGCUUUUUAGUGGCCAAGGAAGUUUGCUCCAGCCUUUUAUAUAUUACAGAUUUCUUACUCUUCGAUAUUCUUCUAGAAGAAAUCCAUAUUGUCGGAACUUGUUUAAUGAACUGAGGAUUGUUGUUGAACACAUAAUAAUGAAACCCUCCUGCCCACUGUUUGUGAGAAGACUUUGUCUCCAGAGCAUUGCCUUUAUAAGCAGACUGGCACCAACAGUUGCGUAGUUUAACAUGUAUAGUCAAGCUAUGUAUAGGGGAUAAGCAUUAGCUGCUGGUACUUCUGGUAGGGGUCAAAAUUUCCAGGUGUAGCACUGACCUCAGUCCAGUAUACAUAAUUUACAUAAAUGCAUCUCAAUGGAAAAAUAAUCAUUUUCCUGGCAUGUUAAAUUGAGCCUUUAAAAAAGUUUCUGAGAAUAUUUUACUGUGCAUUAUUGUUCAUGGUUAAGUAAGUUUGUAUUUACUGGUAAAUCUACUAAAUUGUUUUAGAUACUGGUGUGCCUAUAUCAUGACAUACAUUCACUUCUUUUAAAAAGAAUUCUGGGCCGGGCAUGGUGGCGCACCCUUUCAAUCCCAGCACUCGGAGGCAGAGGCAGGCGGAUCUCUGAGUUCAAGGCCAGCCUGUUCUACAUAAUGAGUUCCAGGCCAGCUGGGGCUACUGGGAGACCCUGUCUCAAAAAAAGAAAAUAAAAAGAAUUCUGAAAUUUGUCUCUACCUAAUUAGUAAUCUAAGUUUAUGUCUGGCAUGAGUUCAUUAUGGUAAUAUGUGAAUUCAGUAUAUUUUGAGUCAGUAUUCUCAUUCAGUAAUUUUGGUCGAUUUUGGUAGAAGCAAUUCCCACUGCAGUUUCACACCGUUACUGAUUUUGUGCUGUUCUGCUAGGACAGAUUUGUUUUGGCUGCAACCUUACAAGAGAAAUUCUGUUCGCAUUUUAUGGCCUAAAAUUUUAUUUCUGUAAAUAUUUCUGUGGCUUUGAAUAAUUUUUUAAAAUGGCUCAAUUGUAAGCCUAUUAGGGAAACAUAUUUGGGGUCAUAGAAGCAUUUUACACUGGAAAGUAGUAGUGACGCAGCUUUCCUUUCAGAGACCCAUUGAGUAACUUUUCAAAUAAAUCCUUUUACAGAUGUGGACAGAUAAGAUUGUUAGUGCUAGUUUCUAGAAUUACCUAGUUCAGAUUCUUGACUCUAGUUUUCUUGGUUUCUUAGGCUUGAAAUUCCCUAGACAGUUGCAGCAGUUCAGAUGCCUUUGAAAGGAAUGUGGUUGAAGACUGAGCAUGGGACUAUAUUUGUGUCUGUUCUGAAAUAAUGAAGAGUAUCGUAUAGAUUACAUAUUUACCCAUCAAAUCUGAUUCAGAAGGUUAAAUGGAAGGUUUAUAGGUAAAGUUAUUGAUUGAGAGUGGGAUUGGGGAAUAGGUGAGGGGGAAUAAUAUGCAUUUCAGUCUUGUAAUGCAUAGAUGAUUGGGGGAAUUGGAUGUAUGAUUCAUCUGUGAUUUGGGUUAUAGUCUAUGUUACGUUCUCUUAAUUGAGCUAUCAGUUCCUUUACAAAAGUCAUUCUGAUCCUUAUUGCAGAUUGCAUGAUUGGAAAUAUUUAAACACUGUACAAUUUUAGUACAGAGUAAAUGUAAUAAUUUUUGUAACCAGUUUUCUUCUGUCUGCAUGUAAUUUGGAUUUCUCAAAUAUAUUCAUUAGUAACUUAAUUAGUAACAUCAGUUUUUUUGUUCAAGCUCCCGAGCUAUAGAAAGGUCACACUCUUGGGGUAGAUUACCAAAAAAAUUCUACGUGAUAGCUUAACUGUUACCAGCUACUUUUGUAUUUUUGUAAUAUUUGUCCACUAAGUUGGAGAAGCAACCUACUACUAUACAGUUGUUUUUUUUUUUUUCAAUGUGUGUGCACGUGCCUGGCCUCCUUACCACUAUGUAAUCUGAUGCUUUUAAAAACAAAACACUCUAGAGCAAUAAAGUGACUGUAAUGUUAAGUAAACAUACUGAUUUCUAAUGAUGUUUUUAGACACUGUCUUGAAUUCCAUCAAGUUUUGGGGUCGGGUGUGGUGGCACACACCUUUAUUCCCAGCACUGGGAGGCAGAGGUGGGUGGAUCUCUGUGAGUUCAAGGCCAGCAUGGUCUACAAAGUGAGUUCCAGGUCAGCUGGGGCUACAGGGAGACCCUGUCUCAGAAAGACACCCUCCCAAAAAAAAGAACAGUUUUGGCAGCUAAAGGCAUAUUUAUUUUGAAGUGUUCUUUUUCCUACAAUUUUCAGUUUUGGAAUAAUUUAGAUUUUUGAGUUUCAAAAAUAGUGCUCUGAGUUCCUGUCUUAAUGCCCUUUACUUAACAAUGUUUUAUAUCAACAUCCCUUAAUUGGUAGACUGUGAAAAAUAAGAAAAUGACCUUGGAUUAACUAGAGAAUUUCUUUGGGUUUCACCAGUUUUUCCGUGUGUGUGUUUAUACUGUGUUUUUAUCUUGAGUUAUGUUUUAAGGUCUAUAAGUGUGCCUCUGUCGUGAGUUUUUCUUCUCUAUUUUUAAAAGUACUGUUGGUCAAAAAGAUUUCCUUAGAGGAAAUAAUUCAUGCUGGCUUUAACAAGAAUUUUGACCUUAAAACUGCUAUAAUUUGAAAAACUUAGUGAUAAUAAAUUAGUGUUUUAAUCACAUUGCAAAAUUACAUAAUUAUUUCUGAUAUGCUCAUGCUUGAAUGGAAAUACAGAUUUAUUCCUUAAAGGAAGGCUUGAUAUAUAAAUAAUACCCAUGAAAAGGUAAAGUUUAUAAUUUGAACAUUACUAAAUAUUUAGUUUGCAUGAAAUUAAAGUUAGAAUCUGACAUUGCGUGAAGGUGAAUAAGCAGUGAUUUAUUAUGCAGUGCUUCCAUUUACACCCGUUAAAUUUAGAAAAUGGAAUAGUGCAGAGAAUGGAUGUUGUAGGAGAAAUGAACUCUUACUGCAUAACUAAACUUCUUUUAAAAAUAGGUUUAAAAGAAGUUGAUUUAACAUCCAGAAUAUCUAAUUCUUUAGGAAUUGGGACAGUGGGCAGGUGGGAGCUUCAUUUCAGCCUACUGUAUUUCAACAAGCAUUCUAUAUUCCUUUUGUGUACCUCAUUUCUCAGUAAUUGACCAUAUUUUAACAGUAGUUCAAAGAGGGAUUUCUUCAGAUAAAUUUCUUUGGAAUACAAUUCACCACAGUAGACAUUUGUAGAAGAAAAGCAAGAAAGCUAACUUUAAAAUUAAUUUUAGAGAUUUAUAUCCCUUACAGAGAACAUCAAGGGAAACUAAUAUCAAGCGAGAAGUUAUGAAAACCAAAUGGAUUCUAUUAAGUAAGACUUGGAAAGCUAUCAGUACUUUUGUUUUUUUUAAUGUGUUAUUUUUAGUUUAUGUGUAUGAGUGUAUUCUCUGCAUGAUUAUAAGUAUACCUGUGGAGGGCAUAAGAGGAUGUUGGAUUCCCUGGAGCUGGAGUUACAGAUGGUUGUUAGCUGCCAUGUGGGUGCUGGGAAUCGAACCUGGGUUCUCUGUGAGAGCAAUCAGUGCUCUUAAGCACUGAGUCAUCUCCAGCCCCAGCUAUCAGUACUUCUAAAGAUCAAGACAGAAAAUUCAAAUUAGGUUUGUAAAUUUCAGAAAUGAAUAUUAUCCUGAAUGGGAAAUUAAUGUUUAUAUAAUAAAAGUAGAACUGAAAGCCGGGCGUGGUGGCGCACGCCUUUAUCCCAGUGCUUGGGAGGCAGAGGCAGGUGGAUCUUUAUGAGUUUGAGGCCAGCCUGGUCUACAUAGUGAGUUCCAGGACAGCUGGGGCUACAAGGAGACAAAAAAAAGUAGAAUUGAGGUUGCAUUUUCUAAGACAUUUCAGAUGAAAAAGAGUGAAAGCAACUUUGAAGAAUUAUGGUAAAAAUCCUUAACUGAUGUUAAGAAAUGUAUGUUGAUUAAUUCACCCAGUUUUGAUUCUCAGAAAUGAAAGCCUCAAGGGAGAAAUUAGCCACAGUUAUAUUUAUGAUCAGUAGGUGUCACUCUUUCCUUAGCUAGCCCCCAUUUCCCAGGCUGUGUUGGAAGGUUAAAUAUCCUUGAAAGUGUUGAGCUGGCCAUAAAACUAAGUAUCUGAAUUCUAUGACCCCUUUCAACGUGCAUUAAUUCAAUAUUGAACAAAUAUUUGGUAAGCAUUUACAAUGAGUGCUGGCAGAUGGGACUGUGAAUUGAACCCAGGGCCUCUCACUGGACCACUGAGCUAUACCUACCCAGCUUAUGAGUACAGCUUUAAAAUGCUGAAAUGUUCAAAACAACUGCCCUGUCAAUAUGAGCUAGUGAAUUAGGCCAUAAUUGGGAGUGGUGUGCAUGCCAUGGUGCCUGGUCAUUUCAUUCUCAGUGCUAAGUCACCCUAGUACAUCAAUUAUAAAAAUUAUUCAUUCUCUUUUUUCAGAUACAUUGAGAGAUUUUUAAAAAUCUUUUCAGAUAUAUAGAGAUAUUUAAAUUUUAUUAUAGUCAUUUUGUAGUUUUACUAGACAGAGCCAGUUUAACCUAAGAUUUAGACUUUUCGUAGUAACAUGAGAACACUGAAAAUUUUGGAUAUUAUAUCAGGAAUGGUAUGUGGGUUUGAAAAUUAAGUGUGGAUUGUAAAGAUAACUAGUUUUUCUUAAUACCACUGGACUUCUUUGUGAUUAGCAUCCUAUGGAGGCUGUGUGGUAGUAUAACUCAACAGAUUAGCGAUACCAAAGAUAUACUUCAAAAAAAUCCAGGAGUUUUUUUCCAGAUUUUUCCAAUACACAGUCAUUUUAUAGUUUGAAUGGAAGGCAGUUCUUGGAUCUGAUGUUAAUGAUAACAGAGGAGUUGUUGAAAGUCUGGAAGGUUUCCUGGUAGUUAAUCAGUUUGUGAAAUGACCCCUGCAAUUUCUCCAAAUGCGGGAAACUUGACUGCAUGAUUUGUGGUAGUGGGGGAUUUUGUUUGUACUCCCUCCUUUAAAGUAAAAUAUAAAAAUAAGUUCAGCAUUUUGAGAUUAACCUUUGUUUUCUUGGUUCCUGUUUAAUUCCAAACGUUUUACUAUCGCUUGUAACUUUAAGCUAGAACAGUUCCUUUUGUCUACAUGUAAGUUGAGACCAAAAGAGCAAAAUCUUGAGCAGUUAACAUUUAUGACGUGUAUAUAUUGGAACAAAUGUAAAAGGAUUACAAAGAUUAGAAAGUCAUAAAAACCCACUUGAUUAAUAUAUGCAUUACUUCUGGUGCUUGAUAUAAUGGGAUAUAUUGAACUAAAAAUUUUGUAUAUACAAUAUGUCAGCAUUUCUUACUAACUUCUCUUAAAUCCAUUUUUAAUGCAUUCUAUAGGUUGGGGAGUUACAUAUACUCUUCAGGCCAAUAUUAUCCAGACUGUAUACAUUUAUAAAACAAAUUGAAAAAUUCAUCAUUCCCCUGUAUUCAAGACCAAAGCACAUAAUGCUAAUGUAGGGCUCAGAGGGGAAAUAUAGUUCUCCUGCAUAUUUGAGAAAAUGUGAAGUCCUUUCAAGAAAAUGUAAUAAACAUAAUAAUCAUAGCCUGCUGACACUAAGGAAAAAGGACCUCAUCCGCUCUUUCUUUCAUGCAGCGAUUUACUGGUCCCUGCUGAUUUCCAAAUUGGAUCAUUGUAGUAAAUUAUCCAUGCUGGUACCUGUGAAAGUAAGCCCUGGGAUCCAUAUUUGUUUUGUGUUCUGCUUAAAUCAGCAAGAAUGAUAAAUUUGAUGGUGUGAAAUUGGAAGUAUCAAGGGCUUUCUUUGGUGAUUGAGCAAAGUAAUGACCCCACCUGUAAUUUAUUGUGACCCUUUUUUACUGUAUGUGCUUCAUGUUUCUAAUAUUUAUUUCAAUACAAAUCAAAUUGUUCUUUCUUCAUCUAUAUUGUUAUAUCUAACAUUUUAUUGAUGUAAAAAUCAAAUUGUAUAAUAAAAAUCUCCCUGGAUUUAA